AUGUCCAGAGCGUCGCGCGAUGCUGCUGCUGCUGCUGGUGGUGCUUCGUCUCCCUUUGGCUCUGCAUCGGCUUCUCGCGCAAGCACCAGUGCGCCCUUCUAUCGCCAAUUCCUCCCUGCGCAGCUUUCCAACAUCUCGCCCAAUGACUCGAUACCUUCGCUCGACGAGCUCUCGGCGCUCGCCAAACAUCUCGGCAGGAUCAAGACAGAGUCCGCCGCCCGCCUCUCCCGCCUGGAUUCACGCUCAUCGGAUCCCACCAGGCCCAUCUUCUAUUCGGCUCCCAACGAUCUCUUCAGUCCACCUGGCCUCUCCAGUCUCUCCACCGCCGCUCUCAAUCUCCACUCUGACUCGGCCCGCCAGUCAACACCUUCGACCUCAUCCUCAAAGAACCCAAAGACGCGCGAGCGUUCCUUUGCCUCACCCGCCCCUUCCUCUUCCACAUCGAAUCUGAACGGCUCCGCAGCUGGGGCUCUUGCUUCCAAGAACAAGGUAAAGGUCAAGCGUGAAAGAGACAAUGACAGCGCCCCCGCCAGCUCCUCCGCACUCUAUUCGGGGUCGCACUCGCCCAACAAGCUAGCCGGUGCGGCAGGCAAGGCGAACCCCCGCAGCAAAGCAGCGCGAGCACAUAGCUUCGACGUCGGUGCGGACGACGAGAGCAUCGCUUCCACUGAUCCAGAAUGGGAUUUCGACGAGGACUCCAUGCCCAGUCGGCCUGGCCGAACCUAUGCGAAGAACAAGAAGCGCAAACGAAGAGAUGCCGGAGCCGACUCCAACGACGACGAGUCCGGCUCCGAAUUCGAGGCUGGCGCUCUGCUCGGCGCUGCCGCUACGAACAAACACAUCACCUCAUCCUCCGCUGCUGCACCACGUUCAGCCGCAGCAGCUACCAGCGCAGCCGGCACCUCGUCAGGCGGCACCGCAACCCCCAAGAUACCCGCCAUCGGAAUGCGUCUCAAGGCCAAUGCAGGCACCGGCAGCGCAGCAGCAGCAGCCCAAACCCCGCCCGGCUUUCCGCGAAAAGCAUCCGACGGCACUCAGGUCUCUACCAGGCGUAACAGUGUCCUCCCAUCUCCGUCGCCACUACCGUCCACACCGCUCGCGCAGCCGCCGCAUGUACCUCCCGUUAUCUACCAGCCAGCGCCCGGCUGGGAGUUGCCGGCCCGCACGCCAGCUACCUUUAUGCCUGCUCUGGAAAAGUCGCGUAAGCCUCGAGCCUAUCCAACCAAGCCCGGCGAGGUCAUGGAGGAUUUCGCCAACAAGGACUGGAAGGAGAAGGAGCGUGAACGUGAUCGACUGCUGGAGCGUGAGAGUGUGGGUCCAGGUACACCAGGUGGCAUCGGCCCGGGACAGAGCAUGGUCAAGGAGGCUACCGCGGGGAGAAGAGGAGGGAGAGACUUGCAACAGACGCCCAUCAACACGUUCUACAACUAUGCCGAUGCUUUCUUCAAGACGCUCACCGAGGACGACCUCGCCUGGCUUUCGAGCAAGUCAGACGACCACGAACCGUUUCAGAUGCCGCCACUCGGACGUCAUUACAAGGAGGUGUGGGAGGAAGAAGAGGCGCUCAUGGCCAAUGGCUCCUUGGAUGUCUUUGGCAACUCUCUCGGCGUCAUCUCACGCUCGCCCUCCAUCAGCAUGGGUGCAGGAGGAGGGCUGCCGUUGGACGUCAGCGCACUCGCAGUCGCGAGGAACGGCACCACUGACGAUAGCAACAAACAUGCAGCACGAGCCGAGCUGGAGAUCCCCCCGCCCCCACCGUUCAGGGUCAAGCAAAUGUCAAAUCAGCAUCUAGGUCUGGAGUCGCCCUUGGUGGUCGAUGCUCGCAGUGGACCGUUGGCUGAACGACUGGUGGCCUCACUGCUACCUUCGCACACGGAGGAUGCGGCCGACAACACGACGGCGUCCAGCGCUGGACACCAAGCUGGCUCAGCGAUACCGCCCGCGCUGCUGGCCAACCUCAAUGGACAUAGUUCUCGACCGGACGACGAGGAUGGCGACGACGAGGAUGCAGACGGAGAAGCAGACCUGGACUUUGAAGGUGUGGUGCAGGACCAGGAUAUGGCGACGUUUGAAGAGCGCAUCGCAAAGGAGCUCAAAGCGCUCGAAGUGCUCGGCGCCGACGAGAACCUGGACUGGUCUACGCGAGCUGACGACGAGAUCUCGACCACGCUGAGGAUGGUGCAGCGCGAGCUGGCGCGUCAGCAAAAGGUCAACGAGAUGCGCAAGGAUCGGCUGUUUGGCAUCGCAAAGGACCGCAUGGCGUACCAGGAUUAUCUGAAUUGCCUCAACUCGGUGGAAAAGGAGAUCGAGAUCGGAUGGACCAAGCGGCUGCGACAGAUCAGGGCGAGUCUGAGCAAGCGCAAGAAGGGCGGUCACAGCUACCACGACGACUCCAACCUUUCGCAGGGGCUCGCCGCCAAUGGCGUGUCGUCAGCUAGUGGCACGCCUCAGCCGGGUGCCGCGCCGUACCAUGGACCGGUGCGACCGCAGUUGAGCGAGAACAUGGUAGGUGCCAUGGACCGACGCGAGAAGCUGCAGUAUGCUUUCAAAGAGCUCUUCGACGAGGCUAGACAUGCGUGGCAGACGCCCACCGAGAGUGUCUAUGCCGAUUUGGACCUGGACAAAGUCGAGUGA